CCAAAGUCCAACGAUUAGCGGGAACGAGGCACGACAUGAUGGCCGGUGUUGAAGCAGAUGUAAUGGUGGAUGAGUAUACACCUCUAGUACCUGACACGAGUACAACAAAAGCCCCAGAGCCACUGCGAGAGGCUGAAUUACAUUCCCCGUCGUUGGAAGCCGAUGAUGCGACUCCAUAUUGGGACGCAACUUUUGCUCGGCUUCUCGUGCAUAAAAUCGACCUCCGGCUUCUUCCAAUUUUCUUCAUCACAUUCAAUUUUAAUUUUAUCGACAAGACCAUCCUCUCCAGCGCUUCGGUGUUUGGCUUAACCAAGGAUGUUAAUCUCGUGGGGAAUCAAUAUGCCUGGGUAUCCAGCAUUUUCUAUGUGGGAUACUUCAUCUGGGAAUACCCCACCACAGUCCUGAUCCAGAAACUUCCCGUGGGGAGAUAUGUCGGGGCUAAUAUCGUUGCUUGGGGAAUCGUGGUCGCUGCCACUGCUACCUGUGGCACGUAUCACCAAUUGCUUGCAGUUAGGUUCCUUACUGGCGCACUGGAAGCCACCAUCUCCCCAGCUUUCGUAUAUAUCACGUCUAUGUGGUACACGAGAGACGAAAUACCGAGUCGAAUGGGGAUUUCAUAUGCAGGAAACUCAUUUGGCGGGGCUGUGGCAAGCAUCUUGUCGUAUGCCAUCGGUCAUAUCAGUUAUCAUCUUAGCCCUUGGAAAUGGCUAUAUAUUAUUUUUGGCCUCUCUACAUCUUUGUGGGGAGUGGGAGUUCUGCUAUUCCUACCCGACUCGAUCGAUACAGCUGGCUUUCUUGAUGACCAGGAAAAGCGGUGUGCAAACAAUCGCGUAGAAGCUGCUGGUGCUGGUGGUAUUUUAUCAGUCAAGAACAAAUGGAAAGUCGAACAGGCUGUUGAAUGUCUUGUCGAUCCGAAGACCUGGUUCUUUUUCUCCAUCUCACUACUGACACAGAUGCCAAAUGGCGGCACUCAAAGCUUUGCCAAUCUCGUCCUUACGGGCUUCGGCUUCACGAGUCUGCAAUCAACCCUCGUUGGACUACCUGCAUCUUUCAUUUCUUUCAGCACAAUUCUUAUCACCGGCCGACUAGCCACCAAGAGCCGUGAUAUAUCAACCAUACUCAUAUCCGCUAUGGCUAUCCCUCCAAUCGUCGGAAGUGCGCUUAUGAACUGGGGCGGCCAUCAAGGGGUGAAACUCAUUGGGUAUUACCUGUUAGGUUUCUCCCAUGGAAUCAUACCGCUUACCAUGUCCCUGAUCGGGUCAAACGUCAGAGGCGUAACCAAGAAAAUGACCAUGACCGCUCUGAUGUUCCUUGCUUUCUGCGCUGGCAAUAUUGCGGGUCCGCAGUUUUUCAGACAUUCGGAAGCUCCACAUUACCCAACCGCCAUCAUAUCGAUUGCGAUAUCGUAUACCUUGGCCUCUCUAUCGAGUAUGGGUCUUCGUUUAUAUCUCGUUUGGGCCAAUAAAAGCCGGGAAGCAGCUGAAGUCAGUGGCUACCGUGAAGUAGAUUCUGCAGCAGUCCCUCACUCAAUGGUCGGUUGUGAGGAUCUCACCGAUCUCAAGACUUCUGGUUUUCGAUACAUGCUAUAACCGUGAACUACUGAGACAAGAGGACGACGUUUAGACAAGUGCUUAUUUGGAAACAUCCUAUCCCAAUGGCAUAAUUAGACCAUAUGUUUUUGACCCAGUACCCCAUGAUCCAAUGUUGUGCAGAAUACGCCAGCUGUACUAGCUAUCAUCAAUUUUAAAGAUAUUCAGCAUACUAGAUUAUAAUAUUAGAUACCAAAGCGCCCCCGUUAACCGUAUUUACCAAGUUGUCUGCAUCUUUUGAUACUCAUUGGAGCUUAGACCUAAGUCGGCAAAGACCGGGUCAUCUUGUUUCAAAUGCGCAACACGAAUGUGAUCCUCAUCUUCCAGCUUUUCUAUUUCCUCCUCAGGCGUUUCUCUACCUUCCUCCUUCAGGUCCUUCCCUUCUUCCUCG